AACCAUUCAUAAACUACACACAAGUCCAGCUCACAGCUGAGUGUGGACGACAGUGAGCGGGGCCACAGAGAGAGAGAGAGAGAGAGAGAGAACACGAGUGGGGAAGAGAUGAGUGCUCACAGAUGCUCUUAUAGCCUUUAGCGUCUGCAGCUGCAGGGACACGGAUGAUGAUGAUGAUGAUGAUGAUAUCCCCACAACCUGAAUAUGAAUCUGCCUAACUGUGCUGGAAGUGCUCACAUGGACUGAUAUUUAGCAGGCAGUUGCGUUGCAUCACUACCCGUUUCCUCCUCCUCACACUGACGUCCAUCCGCUCCAUAAGCAAAAAAAAAAAAAAAAAAAAAAAAAAAAAAAAAGAAAAACUUUUGAUUACACUUUUUUUCCUGCACGGGGAAGCAUUUGCCUCUGGCUUAACCGGUAAGCAUUGGAUCCGUCAACUUACUGCGACUCUCCGGUGUACAGCCCGGACCUCUGCCCGAACAUGAUCGCGACGCAGGCAAAGCUGGUUUACCAGCUCAACAAAUACUACAACGAGAGGUGCCAGGCGCGCAAAGCGGCCAUUGCGAAGACCAUACGAGAGGUUUGUAAAGUGGUGUCGGAUGUCCUGAAGGAGGUGGAGGUGCAGGAGCCGCGCUUCAUCAGCUCCCUCAGCGAGAUCGACGCGCGCUAUGAGGGGAUGGAGGUCAUCUCGCCCAACGAGUUCGAGGUGGUGUUGUACCUCAACCAAAUGGGGGUGUUCAACUUCGUGGACGACGGCUCCUUGCCGGGCUGCGCGGUGCUGAAGCUGAGCGACGGCCGGAAGAGGAGCAUGUCGCUGUGGGUCGAGUUCAUCACCGCCUCGGGUUACCUAUCAGCCCGAAAAAUCCGCUCCAGGUUUCAGACUCUGGUGGCGCAGGCCGUGGAUAAAUGCAGCUACCGCGAGGUGGUUAAGAUGGUAGCGGACACCAGUGAGGUCAAACUGCGGAUCAGAGAGAGGUACGUGGUGCAGAUCACCCCCGCCUUCAAGUGCACUGGGAUUUGGCCUAGGAGUGCAGCGCAGUGGCCCAUGCCCCACAUCCCCUGGCCCGGUCCUAACCGGGUAGCAGAGGUCAAAGCCGAGGGGUUUAACCUGCUCUCCAAAGAGUGCUACUCGUUAACGGGGAAGCAGAGCUCCGCGGAGAGCGACGCGUGGGUGCUGCAGUUCAGCGAGGCCGAGAACAGGCUGCUGAUGGGCGGCUGCAGGAAGAAGUGUUUGUCCGUGCUGAAGACGCUGCGGGACCGACACCUGGAGCUGCCGGGCCAGCCGCUCCACAACUACCACAUGAAGACGCUGCUGCUGUACGAGUGCGAGAAACACCCGAGAGAGACCGACUGGGACGAGUCCUGCCUCGGAGACCGACUGAACGGCAUCCUGCUGCAGCUCAUAUCCUGCCUGCAGUGCCGCAGAUGUCCCCACUACUUCUUGCCAAACUUGGACUUGUUUCAGGGAAGACCUCACUCGGCCCUGGAGGCUGCUGCGAAGCAGACGUGGAGACUAGCAAGAGAAAUCCUGACCAAUGCGAAAAGUUUGGACAAAUUAUAAAAGUCAUUGUUGAGACAGAGCCGAAGAGACAUUUUGGGAUAAAAAAACAACAACAACAAACUUCA